AAAAAAACAUGGCGGUGCGCGCCAGUCUUCGGUUUGCUGAUCGCUGUCAACUUUGAUCCGUAAUCCACGCGGACGAGUGAAACCUGGGAUGACAGUUCGCAAUAUUGCCAACGCACCGCCAUGGAUUCCUCUAGCCGACAAUCAGAGAUCCUGGAACAGUUGAAUAAGAUUCGCACGGAGCUUGCCAGAAAGGAACGCAAGUUGCAGAAACUAAAGCGUCUCUCUGCUCAGAAGAGGAGUUGCGACAGCGCAGAAAGCAAUUCGGUGAUCGGUGUAGAAGAUUCUCGCUCUUCCGUUUCGCUCGACCUCCGUUCACCAUUGCGACCGAUCGAAACGACGCUCUCGCAAAGUGAAGUUUGCCAUUCGAAAGCGCUCCGAACAACUGAUUCGCAAGAAAGAUCGGUUCUCUUGCGGGGGGCGAACAAUGACGCGUUGGAAGCGGACGAAAAUGCUUGCGGACGCCAUUCGCGCGUCCAUAGAACGCGAACAGGGAUCGGCGAAUCCGAUCCAGCUUGUGAUGCCCAACAUGGUGACCUGCAGCUAUCUCGUGCGUCGGCUUGUGAAUCGGACGCGUUUACUGGACUUUCGAAGCCGGAACAACGGAAACCACCGUCCAGCGAUGAUUGUCGACGUUCGAACGAAAGGUCGCUUGCCGAAGCUAGUCGUGACGAGCCAGUACAAAUCGCCUCGCGCUUAUCGCCACAUCUCGCGAGCCAUGCGGACAGUGCAGACGCGGCAACCGUUGAAGCAAGUAUAGUUCCUAUAUCUGCAGAGUGUAGUGCCGUUGGAAAGGAACUGGAUUCUGCAACCAGUGUAAACAUGUGUAAGAGUCAUCACGCGACAGUGCUUAGCAUGACUGACAUUUCUUCUGCUGCUGUUAGGCAUGGGGUUUCGCAUGAUCAGAGUAUACGACUUGGAAAUGUAUCGGUGCAACAAAGUGAGGGGGGCAGUUGCCUUGCAGUGUCACUUGUCAGUGGUAUCAGAGGUAAAGAAAGCUCGGAACAGUCUUCUGAGGCUUUUGCCUAUGUACCCGAAAAGGAUGUACCAUUCAGUGAAAAGCGAUUCGGUCUUCAAAACGACAUCCGUCUGUUGCCCACAUCGGACGGCGAAAGCUUGCACGACGAGAAUGUGGGUAACUCUCAAAAGGAGAUGUUUGAAGAGCGUGAAGAACGUUUGGAGAGCCAAGACACCGUGUACAGUACAAAGAGCCGAGAUGCAGCCACAGAAGGGUCUGCAUUUGAGAGCAGUGAAAUGACGGAGCCGCCGUGGCAAAGAACCGAAACUUCGUGUUCCAUCAGUUCCAAGUCAUGGUCUCCCGUACGCAAGCGGCGACGCACGACGUGCGAGGUUUCUGCGCCGUCGGGCCCCGCAGACUCGAAAGGCUACAAUUUCAGGCAGCGAAAGCUUUCUCACAGCCCUCCCGUUAGGAGACGUAUGAGUAGGGAAUCCAAGAGCAUCCUAGGCGCUUUCCAGAAGCUCAUUCAACACGCACGCGAACUCCCCGUCUCCAUGUUUGAGCUGCCAUUUGAGGAGCUUGGCUUGCAACCACGUCAGGAGGUGAAGAGUGCGUCUGGUAGUGAAGACCAUGUCGAAAGGUCCAGAACGUCAUUUUGCGGCACUCUGUCGUCGAAUAAGCGUCGUGAAGAGACAGACAUGAAGGUUGAGGAGAGAAGCUGGGACGACAGCCCCUCAGUGCUUGAGACAGCGAACACCUCUACAAGCUUCGAAUCACUUUGUGCAGCUCUGUCACUCUUGCCAAGAAAGAAGACGGAAGCAACACCGAACGCAACGAAGUGCGACAAAAGAGAGACGCGCAGCAGUCGCCGCCAGAGGGGAGCGACCUCUCUUUCGUCAAGCUCUGCUCGUCUGGAAAGCGUCGCACAGCAAUCUUUCACAAACUCUGCGGCGACCCGUGACCACUGUCCCACCAGAAUAGUGAGUCCGUCAUCUUGUCUUGUGCGUAGCGCCUGCAACGCAGCCGACGACAACUGUGGUGCAGCCGUCGGUGCAGUGCCAAAAGUAUCUUUGGAUGUUCAUGGGCUCACGUCGUUGAAGUGGAAAUGUCGACAGGGGCCCAGCUCGUAGACAAUCAAGCUGCAGCGGGCAAUUCUGGGGUCCCGUGUUUUGGAAAGUUCAGUGAAAGGACUGAGCCAUCAGUGACGUUGACAAUUGUUCGUGAAGUCGGCAAUUCUUGUGAGGAAGUCACACAAAGCCCCAUCUGCCUAUGUGUUAAUCGAGGAAGCAUCGGACCAAAGUACAAACGCAGCUGCCGACUCCUGUGUGAUUACGGCUGUUGACGUUCAGCCACAUGCUACUUCAGAAAUGUGUUUGCAAGACGUCAACAGUGUGUGCGGCAACUCACUUACUAAUCCACAGGAGCCUGGAGACCCCUUGCAUGUUGCGGAUGUUCCGAAUUGUAAUAGAAUUAUCAAGCAAGAGUCUACUGCUUUACCACAUGUAGUCUAUGGAAAGGAGGGGUGUUCAUCGCAGGAACUUGACAUAGACACUCGGCAACAAGAAAACUCUAGUUGCAUAGUGUUGUCCAUGCAGAGGGACACUCGCAAGGCAAGUUGACGGGCCAGGUUCAGAGUGUGACGACGGUGAUGGCGUGUUGGAACCAAUGAGUCCAGCAAACAGCAACUUGUUCACUCAGAGUGAGGAAAGUGACUGUGCUGCAGGGGAAAUCAACGACUUUGUCACCACCGUUGUAGAACAGCUUGAUCCGCAGAUCAUCAUUGCUGCAGACCGUGAGCCUGCAGAUCAGCGACAAGACAGCCAGGGUAGCCUGAGUGGCAGCGCAACACCUGAUAAUCUAGACCUCCUGGAAGGUCAAGCCCAAUCGCCAGAUGAGGCACCAGAACACCCGUCACCAGAACACCCGUCACCAGAACACCCGUCAUCAUCACACGAACAACAAGGUCUGCUUGCAGAAGCUGCAAGAGGGAGAUUUGAAACAGAGGAGGAAGGUCCGGGCAAUCUCGCAGACAAAGCGCAGAGCGCCGUUCUCCGAUCUCCUUCACACACUUCCGCAAAUACAUCAGACCGUCCUUUACGCAUUGCAGUGCUUGCAUCUGGGACCUGCACUCCAACGCCUGGUCUUCUUGGUGGAAGUGAAAUCAGCGAUGGCACCGAAACUGUGGAUGUGCGUUCUUAUUGCAUGCCCCCUGACUCUUCAGCGAUAAAAAGGAGGACAGAAGAGCUGACUACAUCUUGCCUGCCCGGCGCUGUUUCAAAGUGCAUUGCCAAAAAGCUCUUCGCCAACUCUUCAGCUUGCAACAAGGCCUUAACGGCGAACUCAGACUUGCCGGAGCUUUUGGACCCGCAUGAGCUGGAAGGCAUGUUCGACGAGUGGUCGGAAGGUCUUGACUGUGCCACCAGAACCGUGAAUGCAGCAGGCACGCACGAGUGUGAAGGCGAGAGUCAAAUUCCCGGUUCGCACAAGAAACACGGGGUUGGUGACAUGUCAGCAGCUGCCGGCAACUGUCGAAAGAGCGGCGCGGACCACACUUCGGUCCGGAUUAUGGACGGGGAGCUCGACAGGGCGCAGGCAGCAGACGUGUUGUCACAGAGUUUGCAGAGACGUCACUCGGAGUUACAGUGCAACGCUGCCGCGGAAGACGACAACUGCGAAAACUACGGUCAAGGAGCGGAGAUUGCACAGGAAGUGGAAUGUGUCUCUCCAGACCCUGUAUUGAGGAGUAGCAUCGAGGCGGAAAGGAAGUUGCCGUCGGAAGACCAGUGCUCUCAGUCUGCCUCGAGCUGCCUCGGAGGUCUUUCGGGCAUCUCAAGGUUCUCGGACGAACUGGAAGAAAAACAUGCGGCGCCACAUCCCGAAGAUGACCAGAAACUCGGCUGUGAGGACCUAGACUCACCCGUGCGAUCUUCUGGCGGCGCGUGCGAUGGCUUGGGUGAAGAUGACCACGACGGAGCUGGAUGGGACAACCUCGACGACGCGUACGAAGGGCAGUGCCAGGGCACUGCUCGUCCCCAUGGUUCCUUGCUUGGCACACGCAAUCCACUCCUGUUGUUCUGCGCGCUGAAGUGCGAAGACGAGCAACCCGUAACGGCGGUGCACCUGGUACAAGCAGCUGCGCACCCAUUUCUGGUGUCGGUGCAAGCGUCGGCCAUCAACGUCUGGCACCCGGAGGAGGAGCACGGUUGGCGACACAGCCUGGUGAUGAGAAGGCUAAAGUUCCCCGUGGAAGAGGACCAUUGCCUGCUGAGCUGCGAGCAGUGGACUGUCCUGGUGUACCUGAACGCCAGGAUGCCCAUGUACCUGCCUUGCCUGGAGUGGCGCACAACGGAUGGCCAAGACGGGAGCCAGCUGCUGCUCACCCUGGGUAGCCUCGGCAAUGCAGAUGGCUUCUCGUUGAAGAGAAGCCAACGCAUCUACCGCAUAGCCAAGCUGAGCCGAGAGGGCCAGUUCGCCACCGCGCUGAGGACAACGGGUGGAGCGACGCUGUUGCGCGUUCAUCGGCUGCGUCACUUGCGUGGAGAACUCGGCGAUGAGACUGACGCCCUGGGACGCACGUCUAACCUGCUUGACUCACUCGUCCGUGUUGAAGGACAGCCCGACGCACUGCUUGGGAACUCUGCAAACAUCUUCUACGUGUGGGACUGCAACAACAGGGUGCUGGUGAAGAAAAUGAUCCAUGAGCCAGAUUUGUUUGCAGACCUGCAGCGCAUCUCCUGGUGCUCUUCUGACAGGGGCCUGUUGUUCGUGCUGAUGCAGUCAUCGGAUGAUGUGACAUCCACGCUGGUGGCCAUGAACCCAUUCAGCUGUAAAGCAGAACCAGUCAUCAGCUUGUCGUGGAAACUAGCUGCUAAGGUGCGCACUGGAGACCCAAGGUCAUGUAGCACCCAGGUCGAAGGUCGCUACGCGGCCUGCGUCACUCCGGGCUACGGCGUGCGAAUAUGGAACCUCUUCACUGGCAACCCUGUGGCCAACAUGUGGUAUCGCGGUUCAACAAGCGUGGCCAUAGCCGAGCUCUCCGGCUCGAUGGUGGCUGCCGUUGGAUUGGACAAUGGCCGUGUGCUCGUGUUUACUUCCUAGCAAAGCACUGUCUCGUCUAGGCCUUUUAAAUCUCUUAUGUUGGGUGAGAUGUGGUGACUACUUAUUCUUCCAAGGCAGAGUUCCUAACAAGGACGUGUUGAGUCAGUUAUGUACAGUCAUUAAGUGCAUGGCCACAUUUGAAUGACCUUCAUGAACAACUGUGAAUACUAAAGCUGUGCACUCUAGUAUUUAUUGUGUAAUAUAUUUGUAUGUAGUAAGCAUUGCAUGUGUCCAGUGUCUACCUCCCAUGCACUGUAUUGUUGUAAAAAAUGUUUGUGGAAGAACAGUUUAGUGUGUUGUAGUCAUUGCUUGCCACAAGCUGUACAUGUUUGCGGUGCAUCUGUUCUCUGAACUGUGCGCACGCUCCAUAGCUAUAUUUUUUGUUGUUUAAGAGUGCAGCUAAAUAUGUCUGCAAUGGUGCACAUGAAAAGGCUUCACUGAAAACAGCACUUCGUUGAAAAAUGUAUGAAGAGAGCAUUAUGACAAGUAGUGCAAUAUAGGACAAGCAUAUUUCUAGAAGCUGGCUGUUUCAUUACAUUGUACAAACUUUUCGAAAAUACGUUUUCUCUUUCUGAAGAAAGGAGUCAACGUUGGAUAUGGUAUGAUUACCACACGCUCUUGAAGUGAUAUAUGCAGUGCACGCUCUUGAAGUGAUAAUAUGUUAUGCAUGAGCUGCUGCUGUUUUACGUGCAUCAAUCCCUGUCGAAAGUGUUUUUAAAAAAGGCUUGCUAAGUCACGCUACCUAGCACAAGGUGAGAAUACCCCAACCUGAACGAAAUUUCACACGUGAGAGAUAAAACGUCUUCGAUUUGGAUGAAGAAAGAUGUUUGCCCUUUCGAAAUAAAGGAGUGCUGGAAGUCAGUGUGUCUGUCUUCAGCCCUGUUGCACCACUCGAAGUUGGAGACGUUGUUAUCACGUCAAAUUCUGUCGUUUAAAAACAAAAUCCAGUCUCAGCACUGUCAUUAAGUUGAUUGAGGACACAGAACACAAAAAAACAGGACGGGCACCAACUUUCCAACUAAUUUUAUUCCAAAAGUGGAAAGAUGAAGGUGAAGCUAUGUAAUACAUGAGCUGCUGCUGUCUUAUGUGCAUCAGUCACUGUCGAAAUUGUUUUUAGGCUUGCUAAGUCAAUACACAUGUGCAAGUGCGUGCGCAUCAUAGCUUUUUUUUCUUUCUUUAACAACCAAAGAACCGCAAGGCGCUGUCGAAAAAACUUAUUUCUUCAUCUUCAAGCAAUAGUGAAGCCGUGCUGACGCAGGUGUGGCCCCUUUGUCUAAUAUAAUACGCCUCUAUUACUUCUCUUUUUGUUUUUUGUUUUGCUCUGUCUAUAAACUUUGCUUCACUGAACUUGGUGUAGCAUCCACACACCUUGCAAUGCGUUGCCAUCAGGCUGCCGAAACCAUUUCUUACGUUGAGACGGUGUUCUCUGGCCCUCUCAUUAAAACACUGCUCGGUUUGGCCAAUAUAUUCCUUUCCGCAACUCAGUGGAAUAAAGUACACAACCUCCACGUGCACUCAGUAAAUACAGUUGCAUGCUUUGUGGAACGCAUCCUCUUCUUUCUGCUUAUCACGGUGCACACAGCAGACAGUUUACACGGCGCUGACAUUGCGACACGGACACCUUAACGAGAGGUUAUCUUUUUGAGAUUGUGCGAUAUAACAUGCAUAUAAAAGACCACUUAACUGGCGAAUUUUCUUUGCUUUUUUUUCCUGGGCAUCGCCUUGGUUUGUGUAAUCUGCUUCAAGGUGGUCUCACAAACACUGGAAAUCAAACCCAAAGGGAUUUGAUUUCCAGUGUUUGAAGGAAUCGGAUCCUGUUCCUUUGUGUUAUGUGUCCUCGUUCAAUUUGCGCCGAAAAGUUUCCUCAGUUAUGAACCAGUGUCGUUAAGUUCGUAGGAAAAAAAAAGUGAACCAAUGGCUCGCACAUUAGCUGUUAUCAAAAUACGACUGCGGUGCUCCUGCUGAAACAUUUUCUGCAUGGUGUCCAUAUGCGAAGGUUAGAUGUGUCAUGCCUGCCUUAUUUUUAACCUCUCAUUUGCGCUGCAUUAAGGAUGUGCCUGCUCUUUGUUGUGCUGUUGCGUGACUGUAUUACCACCUCAUGGAACUUGUGUUUCAGGCGUUAGAUGCAUGAUGUUCCUUCCUGUGAUUUCUGUGCCAUUGUGCUCUUUCUGCUGCGCGUCUCGAAUGUGAUAGAUGGUCAAAUGCCAGAGAUGCACGCACAUAUGCACUGCAUUCCACUGUGCAACGGUACUGCGGAUUAGUAUAUUGGAACUAGUUACACAUCUGUUUUGACACGAAGACCUCCGCACUAAUACUUUGCAGUGACACUCAAUGUUCAUUGUAAUAGCCACAUACGACGCAAAAAUACCUCUGUUAGGCCGUAGUUAAUAUAAGCAUAGAUUCGUUACGUUGUAAUCGCUCUGAAAAAAAUUCGUUACAUUAUAUAUAUCAUAUAUUUCAUAUUAUUGUUACAUUGAGGUUAUACUGCAUAGUGCUAGUUUUGCAUAAGUGUUUUAUUCCUUAG